GCGCCCUUAAGCUUUGGCGGCGGGAUCCGCUACUUCCGGUCACGUGAACCGCCGCCGCUUCCUCCUCCUUCCUCCCGCCCUUAAUGAUGGCGGCGGUGGCGGCGGCGGCUCCGCGGCUCCGCCCGCUGCUCCGGGCCCUGCGGGCUCAGGCGCUACGGGGGCCCCUCUGGGACCGGAGACCCCUCCUGGCGCUGAGCCCCGCGCCCCGGGGCCUCGGCACGGCCAGUGCGCAGGUAGACUCCCCCUCUCUCGCGGCCGCCGUGGGGCAGAUUGCCCCUUCUGUGGGGCAGAACCCCUUACUUAUGGGGCAGAACCCGCUACCUACAGAGCCCACCUCAUCAUCUAUGGGGCAGAACCCGUCAUCUGUGGGGCAGAGCUCAUCUCUAGACCAGAACGUGGGGCAGAAUCCAUCGUCUUUAGAGCAGAAUCUUCCACUUGUGGGGCAGAACCCCCCGCCUGGAGGCCAGGACCCCCUUUCUAUGGGUCAGGACCCCCUCGCCGUGGGGCUGGAGGCCGAGGUGCGCCUGGAGGAAUUGGGGCUGGGGGCGUUCACCCCCGUGGGGCUCAUCCAGAACUUCCUGCAGUUCCUUCACCUCGACGUGGGGCUGCCCUGGUGGGGCGCCAUCGCCGUGGGGACGCUGGGGGCGCGGCUGGCGCUGCUGCCGCUGCUGCUCCGGGGCCAGCGCGAGGCCGCCCGCCUGGCCACCCACCUGCCCCACAUCCAGCAGCUCUCCCAGCGCCUGGCCGAGGCGCGCCGUGGGGCCGACCAGUUCCAGGUCGCCCGCGCCUACUCCGAGCUCGCCGCUUACCAGAAGCGCCACGACGUCAACCCCCUGCGCGGCUUCAUCGUCCCCCUCGUCCAGACCCCUCUUUUCCUCUCGUUCUUCCUGGCGCUGCGGGCGAUGGCGACGACGCCGCUGCCGGGGCUGCAGACGGGGGGCGUCGCGUGGUUCCCCGAUCUCACGGCCCCCGACCCCUUCUACGCUCUCCCCCUCCUCGUCACCGCCUCCACGUGGGUCGUCCUCGAGCUCGGGGCGGAGACGGGCGUGUCGAGCCCGGGGUCGGGCGCGAUGCGUCAGGUGCUGCGGGUGCUGCCCAUCCUCUUCCUCCCCUUCAUCCUCCACUUCCCCACGGCCAUCUUCACGUAUUGGCUGACGUCGAACGCCUUCAGCCUGGCCCAAACGGGGCUCCUCCGCGUCCCCGCGCUGCGCUGCCGCCUCGGCGUCCCCCGACCCACGGCGACCCACGGCCGCCCCACGGCGAAGCCCAAGGGGCUGCUGGCGCGCAUCAAGCACGAGUGGGGAGAAGCGCAGGCGCUGCAGCGCGGGGAGGAGCGAGAGUGGCAGCGGCGACACCACCUCGACCUGGCGGCCAAAGGGCCUCUCCGCCAGACCUUCUCCCGCCCCCCCGCACCCCCCCCGCGCCCCAAACCCCCCGAACGGCCCUGGAAGGACACUCUGGGCUGAGGGGGGGGGCGCCCCAAUAAACCCCCCCAAAAAUAACAC